GUCACAUGACCGGAUGUUUCUGUUGUUGCCGGAGGUUCCCGGGACGGUAUCAUGGCCCGGAACGAGGAGAAGCAGCUCGGCAGACUGAACAGACUGUGGCUUCAGAAAGAGCGAGAAGAAGGUCGUAUUAAAGAUCUUCGCGAAAACAGACCCAAACUGUCUUCCCUCAAUACCGCCUCGGCUCUGAAGAAGUGGAUCCCAACCAUCAAAAGCGAAAUGGAAUACUAUUUACAGCAGUCCCAGCUUUCCCACUACCCUGAGAGAAAAAUCACAGAGUUCCAUAAGCACCUUGAGGAGCUCGAAAGGGAGUACAAGCUUUAUCUGCGCAAACUCCGGACCCUUGAUCCAACUUACAAACACCAUCCGUGGACACCCCGGCCCUAUGCUAAGAAAAGGCAGACUGAGGACAAUCCCCCGUCUAUUACUCCCAUAGCCGUGAAAAAGUUGUGCAGUUCUGUACCUUCUGGCCAGAUCAGUGAGGAGGGCACUGAAUAUGACAUGCCAAGGAGUACUGGGAAUGAGGAUACACCGGCGUCAGAAAAACGGGGACAGCUGAUGGCAUUAUCCUCUAGCAUCACCUCCACCCAGGACCUCCCAAGCCAGGAUCAGCCUCUGUCUUUCAAUAUGGAUCGAAUGCCCCUUAUUCUUGCUAGAUCACAAGUAACACAUGGAAGCCUAAAGGCAGACAGCUUAGCUGAGGUGCUGCUCUCUGGCCUGCCAAACCUACACAGCUGCCCACGGGCUCAGGCACUGGCAGCCCAGAAGAACCCCACCAUGACAGCAGGAGUGGCUGACCCUGUCCUCUCUAAUAGGAUUCAACAGAGCAUGCCACAUGUCCUACGACUGAGCUGUUAUUCUUCUUCUGAUGAAGAUACAUGAUGGAUUAGUAGUCUGUGGAGCAAGGGCUCUAUGAUUGUUGCUGAAACAUCAGCAUUGGCUGUGGGGUAGCGCUACAUGAUAUCAUGUCAUGUCUGUAGACAAUAUAAAUGUUUAUAUAAAAUCUAACUCUCCUGAAAUGGCUGUUUCUGCAUUUCUCUUAAAUCAUUAUGAAUAACUGGGAAAUAGUGGAAAAGGGUUAAGAAAAUGUAUUUUUCUUCCUGGUAUCCACUAGAUCAUUGAUAAAAUAAGGCAGUACCUUUAUAUUUAUUAAGUAACAAGAAGGUUUGAGAGAGGUUUUUUGUGCAUUUGAAAUUCUUCACUAUCAGAUUCUAAUUAUGAGCAUAGGAAACCUGCUGAUUUAAAAGGGUGCCACUCGAUUUUUUUUUCUUCAUGUACAGGUCUUUGUGUCAAGGCUGUACCCACAAGCAGACCCCAGAUGCAUCCUCCUGCACUGCACCAUCGCUGCCGGCUCACGGUUCUGGGAACUGAGCCACCUCAAAUACCUCAUGUCUUCCAUUCAUUCCGAGCAACAGUAAACCCCCCACAACAGUAGCACUGCACUUCUUGUUCCAGAAGCCCUUGGCA